AUGUUGUGCAAUUUUCAUCCUUAAAUUCCUAUUUCGUUGAUUUGUGUAGCCCCCCACAAAUGUUAAAGGAAACUUUGUGUUGAAUGCCAAUAUGAACAUAAAGUGGAGAUUAGAUAAACAGUCCCUAUAAGUAAAUUUAGAGAAUAAGUGAUUAAAAAAUUCUCUGAAUUAAAGAUUGAUGGAACAUCUGAGUUAACAUAAUUGAGAAUGAAAUUAAAAUAAAUGCUAUCUCAAACAGAAAUUUAAAUUAAAAAUAUGUGGUCAGAUUUAACAGAAUUAACAAAAUAAAUAUACGAUAUGAUAGAAAAAAAAGAUAAAUAAUUCAUCGAUCUCAUAAAUAAUAAUGAUAAUUUUGCAGAAUCAUCGUUUACUGAUUUAGAUAAAUUAGUUUAAAUAAUGAAUGAAAAAAUUUUGGAUGAAUGGAAUAUCGAAAAAAAUUCUUAAAUAACGAAAUUAGAAGCAGUAUAGAUUUGGUUUGGUAAAGAGAUGCAAGCUUUUCAUUAAAAGUAUAAUGAACAAAUGAAAGCUAUUUUAUAAAUAGUUUAGUAAAUCCAUUACUUAAUUAUUUUCUUUUAGGACACAAAAUGAUGAAAAAUUCAUAUGGAAAGAAGCCAUAUACCAGUAAAAAAGUAGUAUUUGGGAUUAAUAUGGACUAAAGUUUAUUAACACAACAUUUCUAAUUAAAUUUACGAAAGAAUAAGAAAUCUAAUACAUCAGAGAUGGUUCAAUCAUAAAAAGGUUAUUAUUUAAAUAUAAAUCUUAACAGCUUUCGUAUUAACGAUAUUUCUGUUAAACCUGAUGUUUUAACAAAUUUAGAGUAAAUUUAAUUCUUAAGGUGGUUCGGAAGUUAUGGAAAAAAUAAUUAAAAGGUUGGAAAAUGGAAAGCUAUAUGGAAAGGAGAAAGUUUAAAAGAUGUUGGAGGAUAGUACUCUAAUGAGGGAAAAAAAUAAGGCAAUUGGAAAGAAAUAAUUCCAAAUUUUUGGAGGUAAAUUUAAGUAAUUAUUUAAUAGCAAAGCUUUGGCAUUUGAAAUUGGAGAAUAUAUAGAGGGUUAAAGAAGAGGAACCUGGAAAUAGUAUUAUAAAGAUUAAUAAAUGUACAUUAUAUAAUUAUAUUAGUUAUGGGGGAGAAUAUAAUGAUAAAGGAGAGAAAAAUGGAAUAUGGAGAGAAUUUUGGUAAGGAUUUUGGGAGAAAUCAUUUGUAAUUUAUAAUGGUGAAUAUAAAAACGGUAAAAAAGUGGGUAAAUGGGAAAUUUUAUGGAAGACGGAGGAUGAGAUUUAAUUUAAAAAAAUGUAUAGUUAAAAUAUGUUAAAUUAAAUUAGUGGAGGGGGAUAAUAUAAGUUAGAAGAUGCUGAGGUUAAGAUUGGAUAAUGGAUUGAACUUAGCGAGGGAUUUUGGGAUAAAUCAUAAGUAACCUAUUGUGGGGAAUAUUAAAAUGGCAAAAAAGUUGGUGGAUGGAAUAUCUAUUAUAAAUAAGAAAAGAUGUAAAUCUAUAUUUUAUAUCACACGUUAGUGGUGGUGGAUAAUAUGAUAAGAACGGAAAUGAAACUUAGGUUGGGCAGUGGGUUGAGUUAAGUGAGGGAUUUUGGGAUAGAUCAUAAAUAAUUUAUUGCGGAAAUUAUUUAAAUGGUAAAAGAGUUGGUAAAUGGAAAAUUUUGAUGGAAAAUAGAGUGAUGUAAAUUGAUAAAUUAAUAUAAAUUGUUUUAGUGGUGGAUCAUAUGAUGAACUAGGUUCUGGAAAUAAGAUUGGAUUAUGGAUUGAAUAAAGUGAAGGAAUUUGGGAAAGAUCAGUGAUUACUUACAAUGGUGAAUAUAAAAAUGGCAAAAAAAUUGGUAGAUGGGACACUUUUUAUGAAAAUAAAAAAAUGUAAUAUAUAAAGUUAUAUGCACAAUUUUAUAGUGCUGGUGGAUCAUAUGAUGAAUAAGGAAAUGAAUUGAUGAUUGGAUAAUGGAUUAAUUUAAGUGAAGGAUUUUAUGAUGACUCAUAAGUAACUUAUUGUGGGGGAUAUUAAAACGGCAAAAAGGUUGGUAGAUGGGAUACUUUGUUUCAAAAUAAAAAAAUGUAAAAAAAUAUUAAAAUUCAAUUCAAGUGGUGGUGGAUAAUACGAUUCACAAGGAGAGGAAUUAAAGAUUGGAUAGUGGAUUGAUUUGAGUGAUGGAUUUUAAUAUUAUUCAUAAGUAACUUACUAAGGUGAAUAUAAAAUUGGUAAAAAAGUUGGUAGAUGGGAUAUUAAUUUUUAAGGAUCAAAGAUGUAUAUAUAUGAUGCUAUAAAAUAUUUUAGUGGUGGAGGGUUAUUUGAUGAAAAAGGAGAUGGAAUUAAGAUUGGUUAAUGGGUUGAAUUAGGUGAUGGAUUUUGGGAGAAAUCAUAAGUAACUUAUAACGGUCAUUAUAAUAAUGGUAAAAAAAAUGGUUAAUGGGAUAUUUUAUAUAGAGGAUCUAAAAUGUAAAUAUUAAAUUUUAUUUACCAAUAUUUUAGUGGUGGCGGAUCUUAUGAUUUAGGAGGUAAUGGAAUUAAAGUUGGGAAAUGGAUUGAGUUGAAGGAUGGGUUUUAUUAAAUGAGUUAAAUAACUUAGAAUGGUGAAUAUGAAUUUGGUAAAAAAAUUGGUACUUGGAUAGAAAUGGAUUUAAAUCGGUGCUAGAAAUUACAUGAAUUCAGUUAUGAUCAUUGA